AUGGAGAGUUUGGGCCCUGGCGGUGUGGCAGCGGCCGGAGGGCUCUCACAGGAGGAGGAGGACGAGCUGGGCCCACAGGCUUUCUUGCAUGGCACCCAUUCACUGAAGUGGAUCCACUGGAUAAAUAAAGGCCUGACAGAAGGUUAUGAGAAGGAUGUGGGGUCAAAGAUGACUCACUGGUUUCUGUAUCCCGAGAGUGCCAUGGACUUAAACAACUCCACCCAUCUGGUGCUUUUUCCCUUUAAGAUUCUGGACAUGCAGUGGUUCAUCAGUGCCUUCACCACUAAAAACAUCACACAAACAUACGUACAAGUGCCAUCUACAAUCAAAGCAAAUAAGGUCAAGGUGAUGAUCCUCCACCCAGAAUUCAUAAGAUACGUCUAUGAUAACUGGGCAGAAGGGCAUGGCAGAUAUCCAUCCACUGGUUUCUUAACACUGAUGUUCGCUCUUCACAUCUGUGAUGAGGUGAAUAUAUUUGGGUUUGGAGCUACGAGUGAUGGAAACUGGCAUCAUUAUUUUGAUAAAACAUUGACUUAUGAGAUCGGCGUUCAUGGUGGAAAAUUAGAAAGUGAAACAAUUAAUCGACUCGAACAGGAAAACAAGAUUUUGAUUCACAAGGGUUGGACAUGA